GCCACUGCUUUAAGAAACCUAGGGGAGGGCAAAACCUUGGGGGAGGGUCAACGCUCUCUUCCUCAUGUUGUACUACGUCAACGAACAUCAGCAAACCCACCGAUCGGGUGGGGCGGGAUGCCAUCGCGUCCUAAAGAAGAACCCCAACGAGGACCUCCCUGGUCUCCAAGCAAGCAACGACCAACAACAAAAAUUCUAUGCAUCUUUAUAGCUGCCUAAUCCUCUACCUCCGACUCCAUCUGUCCGGACCAAGAUCAAGUUUCACGCACGAGUUCUAAUACAAUCUCUCGUCUUAUUUUUGCAGUGCCAAGGAGCGAGGGCAGCAGGGCAGAGGAGAAGAGCCUAACUGAAGAUGGAAGUGGAGGAGUAGGCUCGACUCCUGCCGAGAGCAAGGACAUAGAAGAGGGUUCGCAAGUUUCUCAAAACAGCAAGUUUCUCAAAAAAGCAACUACGACCAACAGAACUACAGAUCUACAACAACAACAGGAGCAAUAUGAUGUUAUUAUGCGUCUUAUUGGUCUUGAGCGACCGCUUACGUUUGGUCCAAGCGUGGUUGGAUGCAGUUCCAAAGAGUUUUUUGGUGGUCAAAACAAAGUUAUUUGCCAAAGGUCAUUUGGUUUAGAAUGAAUCUCGUCUCGGGUAUUCUUUUCUUGUCUGUAUGAAUUAAGUAUUCAAUAUUCUAUCUAAAUAGUGAAACUUAGGAAGCGUUCGAGAGUUUAGUUUCUAGUUGAGUUUGGAAAGAAUAGAAGAUGGUUAAAUGUUCACUAUAAUCGUCUUCUAAUGGACCUCCAUCAUUAUGUACCAUAUUGAAUGGGUACUACGCUACUAAGUACUACGAUUCAAUAGAUAGCCUCCCGAGUGAGGACUCUAAUCAACCGGAAUCGAGAGCAGAGUAUGCCUCGUAAGAAUGUGCUAACAUGUGGUAAAAUCCGGACUAUGUGGGUCACACAAAUGUGUGGCAAAACUGAUUAUGGCGGAUUUUGAUUUUGAUUUAUCACACAAAAAAGUAAAUGAUAUUUGUUAUAAUAUUGUUAGUUUGAUCCAUAUCCAUUACGGUAUUGUUUGUGCUCUUUAUUUUUGGCUUUUCCUAGUUAGGCUGGCUCCGCCGCUGUUGUUGUUAUUUUGAUUGGUUGGGAUGUUGUUGUUGUUAUCAAUGAAGAACGUACUCGAAACCUUGAAAUAAGAGAGUAACAAAAGCAAUAACGUAGGGGACCAUGCAUCUUUUUUCCGGUCAAGAGGGAUCUGGCGUCUAACCUGUUCAGAGAAGCAUGAGACGACUUUCGUCAAUGCUCGCCUUCCACCCUCGAUUCCAGUCUGUUACUUUUACCGUGAAACUACCACUAAGACUACUUAUUUCAAUUUCGGAGUUGUUUGAAAUUCAAAAAUUCCCAUUUUACGAGUUCCAUUCAUCCUUAGAUCUAACACGUCAAUUCACUUAGGCGCCAGAUCCUGUCAAAGGUCGUAUCCUGUAGUAUUCGUAGGGGACCAUGCUUCUAAGUAACUUUUUCUGACUUCAUCUAGUUAGAAAAUCCUCUCCCUCCUUUCAUACGGAAAAUAUUGCUUUGGCUGAUGGCAAAACGGUGGCGGAUUUCUCUCAGGAUGAAAAACGGUUUCUAGGCAAUUUGGCUAAAGACGAUACUACCACUCUCUGCGAGGCUCCUUCAGUUAAGGACUAUGCAAAUCAGAUUAAUUAUACGGAGUCAUACAUGUUGUAGUAAGUGUCAAAGCAGACUGAAAUUCCGCUCGGGAAGUCAAUGCAGACUCAGGGAAGUCAAUGCAGACUCAAUCCAAACCGGCUAACGUCGUCAUUUAUUAGCGUGCGCACCAUGAUGGAGUGCGAAGGUACUGUUACGGUUACCUCAUCAUGUGUACUCUUACCUCCAGUUUCUUAUUUAGUCUUAAAAUACGUUCUUGACAUUCUUGCUUUUGCACACUUCUCUCCGCUUCAAAGCUCCUUGUCCUCUCAGUACGUAUUUGCUUCUUAUUCUCCCCGCUUCAAAGCUCCUCAUUCUCAGUACAUCAGUACGUAAUAUUCUUCAUCAGAGUCUCUCUAAGAACGGAGUCAAAGCCGAUGUACGAAGUGACAAAUGUAAAGAGCCGGCUAAGAAGCACUGCUGCAUCGAUCCUUCAGUGGAAUCUCUUCCGUUUACAGAGGACGGAUCGCUAGGUAUCAUGCUUUUUUUUGUCGAUUGUGUGGAUGAUGACGAACAUGAAUUACUCUACUCUAUAAUAUUUCACUUGAGCUUCCUGCUCCUUUUCAGUCUUUCUAGUAUGGCUUUCUCUUUGUGUCUGUGAAAUGUUUGCUUUCUCUGCGCCUACCGCUGCUGGUGCGUCGAACCCCCCAUCGCAAAAUUUGCAAUUGUAAUUGUAAUUGCUUAGUUACUAGUGUUAGUUGGAUCAUGAUCAUGUGAAAACAAGCCUGCCAUGAUCUGUGAUUUCCAAGCACAGAUGAUUCGCCGCCCCCUUUGCAAGCAAGACACCGCGUCGACUAUUUCGUAGCGAAGAGUGCGGACAGCGAGAGCGACAGCUCUGAGGAGAAAAGAGGCUGUAAGUCCAAGUCCUGCCGUUAGAAAUGACUGACAGGAUGAAGAUCAUGAUAGUUGUACUACGUACUGGGGGGGUGCGUGGUUGUAGUAGGUGCAGGAUAGUUUUGAUGUCGUUGUCGCUAGAAGAGGAGUUAUAAUUUUCCUAAACAAGAAUGAUCUUUAUAGAAUUACGGUGUGAGGAGCUUUGGAGCUGUAUUUGAAGGACGAUCACGUACAAACACGAUAAUUGAUGAAAUCGAACAAAAUGGAAAGAACAACAGUACCCCCAGAAUGGGUAAACUACUACUACUAAUAUUUAUCCAUUCAAGAAGAUGAUGAUCCAUGUCAUCCAGGUCUAGGGGGCGUGAACCAACUGUCUAGAUAUGACGUAUUGUCAAGUUCACGGUGUUACAGUUACUUCAACUAGUGCAUACUGUUAUUGCUUUGUGGAAGAUUUUAGUUACAACAGAUCCGUCAUAUUAUCUAUAGCAAUGUACCAACUUCAUUCUUUUCGUCUAGUGCAUGACAACUAGAUUGAUUAUUCAUCACGGCAAGAAAUGUAUAGAGAUCUUGAAAAUCUUCACGUAGAGUCGUGGGACAUGUUACGACAAGGGAACCUAGUCGAUGCAUAUGAACGGACAGACUAUCAAGGUAGUUGACCGUGAAAUCACUGCAGGAAUGAAACACACAGCG